AGAAAAAUCAAUACUUUUAGAGCAGACCCUUUAGCUGUAGUUUAUGAGGUUUAGUUUUGCGUUGUGAGGUCGGUCGAUAGAUGAGGCAAUUAAAUGGCUAUUGACAUAACACUAAAAGCGAUUAAAACUCAUAUUGACACUAAGUUAUGCUUUCUCUAAACUUCUCUAAAUCAUUUCACAAACUGCUCGAUUCUAGUCUGAUCUAGCUGCUUUUUCAUUUCAGAUUACAAUAUUAAAUACGCUUAGAAAUAAUAAUAAGAGCUGUAAAUGGGUUAAAGUGUCGUCUACAUCUACAUGUAAAUAUUCAUGUUUAUCUGAACGCUUUAAAUUUAGUUUUGUCGAGUAACAUGUAUAAAUGUUAUCAGUUACUUAGAUAUUAUUUCAUAUUAAUUAUUUAAACGUCAUGAAAUCUUGUUUAAAUCUUAUGAAAACUUCACAUAUUCACUCAAAUUCAUUUGAACAGGUAAAGAACAGAUUUUUUUAAUUUUGUGGUUAUGCUUCGUUUAUUUAAUAAAAAUGCGGAAAACUACAAGCUAUACAUUUUGUAUUUUGUAUGUUAAAUUUACAAUAAAGCAUUUUUCACCAAAUGAUCUUUUAGAAAUAUAGAAAUACAUUUAUUUCCACACAUUUUUGAGUUGUUGUGAGACUUUUCAUUGCAGCUUCCGGCUUAACUCCUGCCCUUCCGGGUUAGUGUUGUUGCUGAUAAGAGUCGACUGGAGGUCAUGUAAUAAAGUGUGUCCCUGGACUUGUUGACUAGUAAUCCGCAUAAUCCCAUGGCUACUGUAAAAACAUUAUUGUUUGUGUAAUCGCGCUGUGCUUCUUGAAUCAGUCAUGUCGCAAGCUUCGUCUGGAUUCACUCCGGCUGCUCAAGUCCCACAUGGGUCUAGUAAGGGUCCUUUUAACGCCUCGUAUAUUCCCAAUGAAGAAGAGAGGCGUGUCUUCAGAGAAUGCAAUUCAGAAAGCUUCUGGUACAGAUCCUUGCCAUUUUCUGCCAUUGCAGUCGCAGUCACUCAGGUAAUGGUAUCAAGAGGAAUCCUUAGUCCAUCACCGCGAUUUGGCUCUCUACCCAAAGUUGCUUUUGCUGGCAUGUUUGGAUACAUUACUGGGAAAAUGUCUUACAUGAAGGUCUGUGAAGAAAAGUUUAGGAAACUGGAGAAUUCCCCACUGGGAGAGGCACUACGACAGGGACGUCUGCAUCACAUGCCUUCAGAGCUAAACCAAUCAGAGUUUGAGGAUCCAAACCAAUCAGAAUCUCAACAGUCUGGUUCACAACAGUCUGUUUCUGAGUCUGCGUUCCAACCUUCGACAGAUGUUGGUUCUAUGCCUGAGAGCUACAACAGUUACACCAGUGACUAUCCCUACAGCAGCCCCUCCCAAUCAUAUGACCCCACUCCUUUUAGUUCUGGAUUCAGUGAUUCUGGUCCCGUUAACAUCAGGGAUGAUAUUCCUCCUCAAGCGCCGCUCUAUCAGGAUGAGGAUGUGCCCAAAAAGAAACCAGUGUUGUAUGAGGAACUGCGUAGCAAGAAUAGAGAGAACUAUGAGGUCACCCUCACACAGAAAGCUGAAACGUUGAUGAAACCACAAACAGUGACGCCAGUACCUAAGAAAGAAGUUAAAAAGAACAAGUAUGGAGAUGCUUGGGAAGAGUAAGAUUGACCUGGAGAAUCAACUCUGAGGAGCUCAAGAUCUGAACGCAGUCAUGUGGGGUUGUCAUGACUCGUUCUGCCAGAUUAGACCAAAAGCUGCAAUUAAAUGCUGAAUGUACUUUAAGGAGUAAAACUCCGUUUUUGAAAUGAAUGCUUUUCUAUAUUGGGACAUUUUGUGGUUUAAAAACAAAUAUUUCUCCUCUUGACUUCUUGCAUUAAGCAGGCUGAAGAUAAAUCAUUUUAACAAACUAUCAGUGUUUUUAUUGAUUAGGGAAUUCUGGACAGAUAUGCUUGAGAUUUGUUAAUAAAUAAAUAAAAUGAUAUAACAACAAAUA